GCAAUUUCACUAUAACGCGGUUACUUCUAAUGCGGUGCUGUGCAUCCUGUUACGUCUGCAUGAUAGCGUGUAAACUGCAGCGUAACUUAUAGUGCGUCUGCAUGCAUGGAACGGAGCCGCAAUCGGGCAACGUCGUCGAUCUGUCUCGCGCUUGUCUUUGGCUCGCCGUGCACGCCGGGAAGACUUGCGUAGUGGAAAGCCGCCACUUUGCCGAUGUCUGCGAGUCACCGUGGAUGUGUACUUUUCCGCGCCGCCGAAUUUUCCGGUGUCUUCGCAGUUUUUGCUGCGCAGUUUGUUCCGUGCAGCCACGGCGUCAAGCAAGAGAGCGUAAUUCGCUUAAUUCGCGGCCGCUUGAAUUAGUCAUACUGGGAUUGCGUUCAGUACACAGUUAUCGACCUGUAUGGCGACUCGGAACCGAAGAUGACAUUCGAGCAGUGCAACCAUGCGCUCACGGCGAGAUAUCCGAGCUCGGACGGCCGUGGCGGCCGCAUUUCGAUGGAGUGCGGAAUGCAAAAGCGCUUGUGCACCGUGUACCAGAAUAGCUCACACUCAUUUCAAAGGCGUGGAUGUGAACGGGAGUGAGCGAGUGCCGGUGAAAGCGAUAUGGCGAAGAUGGCGGCGCGACGGCGAUCCUGCCUGCCUGUGUCCUCGAGGUCCGCCGGGACGGCGAGGAAGGCGCGGAGCGAAGGACGAAAUAGGUGAACUCGGUCCUCCCGGUCCGCCAGGGCUCCCGGGCAAACCAGGCUUUCCGGGUGCAAUCGGCAUCGGCCCGAAAGGCGAACCCGGUCCAAUGGGACUGCCCGGCGUGGCAGGGCCGAAGGGCGACAAGGGAGACAAAGGCGAAGGCGUAGUCGUGCGAUCCACUAAAGGCAUGAAAAGGUCCGUCACGCGGCUGCACGGUGGCGCACUUGGAUACACGGAAGUUAUAGCCAUGAAAGGAGCGCCGGGUGAACCGGGUCCCCCUGGCCCUCCAGGAUUGCCCGGAUUCGACGGACGAACGGGACCGCCUGGGGAAGUGAGACCUCCGGGCCCGAAGGGCGACAAGGGGGACCACGGCUUCGUCAGCCUGCCUGGAGACCCUGGCGUGGCAGGUCUACCCGGCCCAAAAGAAAACACCGGUGUGAACGGUCGUGAUGGGCUGCGAGGUGGCCGGCUUAUACGGGCAGCGCUCGGCGGAAUUGCGUUAAAGCCUCGUGGGAGGAGCCUCCCUCUUUCCACCCACGCAGGACAGCUGCCUUCGUUGUGGCUCUUGUUUGUUCGGCUGCUUUGUCGGGAAACGUGAAAGGAGCCACCAGAGUAUUUUUGAGGAGAUGCGCCAGCACUUGAUCACUGCUGUGGCCAUGCAUUGUUUCCAGGAUGGUGUUGCUGCUGGGACUCCUGCCGGCGGCGUUGAAAGCGACUGCGUGGAACGCGUACUUGCGGCCGCAGCGCAGGCCACGA